UCUCUGGUCCUUUUCUGUAUUGCAUCCCUAAAGUUCUCUGUCUUUUCUCUCUCUCUCUCUCUCUCUCUCUCCAUUGUUCUGGUCGGAGCAGCAAAGUCACUAUGAACCUCUCGUCUCUCAAACUCGACUCCAACCCUAUCACGGCACCACAGAGGAGUUUCAGUGGCGGAAACCACAGGAGCUGUGGAAUCGGUGGUGGUAGUGGGUCAUACCUUCCCUUUCACCAACGAAAGGUCAUCGUGUGCUCUGUCAAGUCCGUUUCUUCUUCUUCGUCGUCGUCGUCCGCCGUAGCCGACCAGGCGAGCGCGGGACUGACUCGAAUCGGGACGCUGAGUCAGGUCUCAGGCGUUUUGGGUUCUCAGUGGGGCGACGAAGGCAAAGGAAAGCUUGUCGAUAUCUUGGCCAAGCAUUUCGACAUCGUCGCACGCUGUCAGGGUGGAGCUAAUGCUGGGCACACUAUUUACAAUUCAGAGGGCAAGAAGUUUGCCUUGCACCUUGUUCCAUCAGGCAUUCUCAAUGAGGAAACCCUUUGUGUUAUUGGUAACGGAGUUGUGGUGCAUUUACCGGGUCUAUUUAAAGAAAUCGAUGGCCUUGAAGCUAAUGGGGUCUCCUGCAAAGGAAGGAUAUUGGUAUCUGACCGUGCUCACUUGUUAUUCGAUUUCCAUCAAAUAGUAGAUGGGCUUAGAGAAGCAGAGCUUGCUAAUUCCUUUAUUGGUACUACCAAGAGAGGUAUUGGACCUUGUUAUUCGAGCAAGGUCAUCCGGAACGGCAUUAGAAUAUGUGAUCUGAGACAUAUGGACACUUUUCCUCAGAAGCUUGAUCUUUUAUUGUCAGAUGCAGCUUCAAGAUUCAAAGGGUUUAAGUAUAGCCCAGAUAUGCUCAAGGAAGAAGUUGAAAAAUACAAGAGAUUUGCUGAAAGGUUGGAACCUUUCAUUGCCGAUACUGUGCAUGUCAUGAAUGAAUCUAUUGCAAAGAAGAAGAAAAUUUUAGUGGAAGGUGGCCAGGCAACCAUGUUGGAUAUUGACUUUGGAACUUACCCUUUUGUAACUUCCUCUAGCCCAUCAGCUGGGGGAAUCUGUACUGGUCUUGGCAUUGCCCCUAGAGUUAUUGGUGAUCUUAUUGGAGUGGUUAAAGCAUAUACUACAAGAGUUGGUUCAGGUCCUUUCCCAACCGAAAUCUUGGGUAAAGGUGGUGACCUCCUUAGGUUUGCUGGGCAGGAGUUUGGCACAACUACUGGCCGUCCUCGUCGUUGCGGCUGGCUUGAUGUGGUCGCUCUAAAACACUGCUGUUUGAUUAAUGGGUUUUCUUCUCUAAAUCUCACCAAACUUGAUGUUUUGUCGGAUCUUCCUGAAAUUCAGUUAGGUGUUUCUUACAAACAGCUCGACAAUACACCAAUCAGAUCAUUCCCUGCGGAUCUUCGUGUACUUGAGCAAUUGAAGGUGGAAUAUGAAGUUUUGCCCGGUUGGCAGUGCGAUAUUUCUAAGAUCAGAAACUACUCCGACCUUCCAAAGGCUGCGCGUCAAUAUGUUGAAAGGAUAGAAGAACUUGUUGGUGUGCCAAUCCAUUACAUUGGUAUUGGGCCCGGACGUGAUGCCCUUAUAUACAAAUGAUUUCUUGAUUUUUCCCUUUGGUUGCAGGAGGGGUUCUCUUGUCUCAGUGGCAGGACAAAGCUUAUUUUAAUUCCAAAAGGAGUUUAAUUUUUGGAUAAACAAGUUAUCAAUUAGUUGACAUAAAUGCCACCUUCAUCUGUGGAGGCAACUUUUUAUUUAGGAAUUCUAAUUUCUAUGUAUUGUAUUGUAUUAGGCUACACAUGGAGAAUUCUUGUUUGGUGUCCUAAUUUGUUGCAUUUCUUCUUGGAAAAGGAGGUUUUGGUAGUAGCAAUUACUGGAGUUUUAAAUAAUGAUGAUAUCACCUUUUGUACCUUUAAUUGCUCCAACUCAUUUGGUUCUACCGACUUUGACAUAUCCCCAUGAAAUGCGGUGGGCAUGGGAAGCUUUAAUCUAUUUUCAUGGUUAAUUAGUUGUUUAUUGAGUA